UUCAAGCUGGUACUGCUUGGGGAAUCAUCUGUAGGAAAGUCGUCAAUACUACAACGCGUACAAAACGGCACAUUUGACGACACAAAGGCCUCCACUGUUGGUGCCGCUUUUGUGUCCAAAAAGGUCAGCAAAGACAACGGCGACAAGAUGGUUAAUCUGCAGAUUUGGGAUACCGCUGGACAGGAGAGGUUUCACAAUCUCACUCCCCUGUACUACAGGAAUUCAAAUAUGGCAUUUAUUGUGUUUGAUAUGACUAGUAUAGAUAGUUUCAGGAAGGCUGAAUAUUGGAUAAGAGAUUUGGAAACUUACAAGAAUGACAACAACUCUUCUCUCAAGCUUGUGCUUGUGGGUAACAAAUGUGAUCUUGUGAAGAGUGAAGGAUGUGCUUUUGAAGACGAAAUACGCCAGUUUCUCAAUGUUAACCCCGAGAUCUCCAAAUAUUUCAAGGUGAGUGCGAAAGAGAAUGUUGGCCUGGCUGAACUUUUUGAGUAUGUUGUUGAUAGUGUUGACGAUGAG